ACAUGUGGUGUAAAAGUGCUUUGAGUAGUUGGAAGACUAGAAAAGCAUUAUAUAAGCUCAAGUCCAUUUACCAUUACCAUGACUCGCAUUCAGCAGCUUUUUCCCCAUCGUCAUUUAUGCUACUUUGUGAACUGAGUUUACCAACUUGUAUUGAUGCAGAAGAAAUUUCUGCUUGAAUGUUAAUGUACCAAUAAAGAUUUUUAAGACAAACAUCAUGCAGUGAACUGAGUUUAGACUUCAUGUUUUAUUUUAAGAAAGGAGGUGAUCUCUGCACUGUGGUGCUGUGGUUAGCACUGUCGCCUCACAGGGAGGAGGUUCCUUGUUUGAAUACCCGUCGGGCAGGGACUUUCUGUGUCUGGCUUUCAUGUUGUCCCCGUACAUGUUGGGAAAUCCAGCUUCCUCCAGUCCAAAGACAUGCUCGUUAAGUUAAUUGGUGGGUCUUGCAUCAGGUGUGAUUGUGAGUGUAGCUGGUUGUCUCUUUCUAUGUGUCAGACAUGUGAUUGACUGGAGACAAGUCUAGGGGUGUACCCCUCUUCUGGAAUCAGUGCCAGCCCCCCUGUGACCCUGAACCUGAAAAGGGGGUUCUAGAGAUCUAGUUCAGUAGUUUUAGUGCUGACCCUCACUUAUUUGUAUAUUCACAGGCCACAUUACUGGGCUGGCAGUACAGUCACACCUCUUUGUUUCAAUAAUACAAAAACUUGAUCCAGACAGUGUUCCCAAAUUAUCCAAGAGAAAUGUUUUGGGUGAUACUUUAGGGUUUUAAACACAUUUUCUCUACCUGAAAUGAAGUAUGAAAACCUUGACAUGUAAAGAUUCCUCUGCGGUAUUAUCUCUUCAGCAGUGUAGUCUUUUAUCUCUGUAAACACCUGGUGUAAAACGAAAGGACAGGUUGAUUGAUUUUUCAUAUGACAAGUAUUUAGCUUGGUGAGAGCUGAUCCACCCACUUUCAAAAAAACUUGAAUAACAAGUUAGUGCAGAGAAAGAACCGAAAGUAUCUUAGUGAGCUGGAAGAAAAACAAACUGUGCUCGAUACUCGAACUCGAUAACUGAUCAAAUGUUUGAUUUGUUGUAAAUGGGACUAAACAUGCAACCAUUUCUUACUUUCCUGAAUGGAGUCAAAUAUGUGAAGAGUCAGUAACACGUGCAGAAGUAUUCACAUGAAUGCUUCUAUAUGUUGAUGAGUAUAUAGCACUUAACUUUUGCAUAAUUAAAAGCAAGUUGGAUGGAGAAAAACACAAAAUGUCCACAUUGUCUUGCAAUUCUCCAUCAGAAGAACAACUUCAUGUUUGUCACCUUCAAAGACAUUUCAUGGAAGAGUACAACUUUUUGUUUCACAUUCAAACUUUACUUUCUCAAACUUUCCCCUCAUUGCCAUUAUUCUUUACUUAUUUGUAUACUUUCUGUGUUGUGGUCAUCCAGGGGAGAGAGACGUAGUUUGCCCCUUUUGUUUGCCACAACAUCUUGUUUUUCCUUUAUUGUAAGUGACAAUGUGUAAACAUAAAUUAAAAAAAGAGAGACAAUACUCUGGGAGGUGACCAUCUCUCGAGCGAUGAGAUCAACUUCCACCGGGACUUGAACCGGCGACCCUCCAGUUCCCAACCCAAGACCUUACUGCUGCCCCCUUCUGUACUUCUUUGAGAAUUUAACCCAAUGUAUCAAAAAUGUAUUAAAUGUAUUAAAAAUGCAGAGCUUCGAUUCUCAGGCUAUUACAAAUAAACUAAUAAAUAAAUAAACUAACACACUUUAAGACAACACACUGAGCAAGGUCCUUACAAAUAACCUCAAACUAGGUCAUUUUUAAUUUGCAGCUGUAUAAAUAUAAACCAGGGAAAACCCAGGUCAAACUAAUCAUACUAUUAAGUAUUGUUCUAUUGUGGGAGUUUAGUUGUCUCACUGGUUAGACCUGCCCAAAGCUAACCUCACAGUACACGCUCCCUCAGAGACAAAGUUUGGAUAAAAACACCUGACCUUGUAAAAAUGUCAUAUUUUCUGAUGCAGUAAUGUUCAUUGUCCAGGCAUAAAGCUCAUCUUAUAUGCAAAGAGUACUAACAAAAUCCUUAAAACCAAACAGGAGAGGGUUAAAGACGACCUGACCUACAUCUUUCUCUAAAUCAAAAGUAUGAAAAGUAUUAAUCACGACUUGUCAGGCGUUUACAUUCUUUUUAACUUUUGAACAAUAGAGUUACUGGAAUAACAGCGUACAAGGAAGUACUCAACAUUUCUAGGAUGGUAUGUGGCUUGUGUUCCAGACUGUCAGUAUAAAAGAGCGAGUGCGGAGGGUCAUAUCACACACCAUCAGACAACAUGAAGGUCCUGCUUCUCACACUGCUGCUCCUGCUGUGUAGCACUCAAGUGCUCAGCAUCAAAUGUUACACCUGUAACAGCGCUGAUGACCAUUGCACUGUGACAUCAGACUGCCCAAAUGUCCACUUCUGCAUGGUUCGAGAACAUUCUGGAAGUGUUUCUCGUACCUGUGCUGCAACAUGCAUUGAAGACAACCACACCUCCUGCUGCGUAGAGGACCUCUGCAAUAUCCCCUAGGCAUCAACCAGCUUUCUAAAUCUUUGAUAGAAUAGACAAGAAAAUGCAUUUCUUAAAUCAAAAUGUUAUUGGUGAUGACUUGCUUAUUUGAAAGAUUUUAAUCCUGUCAUAAAUCUUUGUCAUUUAGAGUUUUCCAGAUGUACAAAUGUUGAAUUGUUUUUCCUCAUUUGUCAACAUCUUCUCACUUUUAGUGGUCACAGCUAUUAAUUUUUGUAAUGAACUAGUAUGAACUAGUAUGAAGUGGGGCAACCACACGCAUGCACACAAACACACGCUUAAUCCACUGCUGAUGUCACUUAGUGGGUCACUGCAACAGCCGCUGCUAUGUGGGUCGCUCUCUGUCUCUGCUGCAAUGUAAAGUUUGACUACCUAUCAAAAUCAAAAAAUGAAUAAAUAUCUUUAAUGUUCACAUCAAA